GCUAGUACAGUUUUUCACCUUCAUUUCCCCGUUACGUGGCAAUCGAAUUUUGCUUGGAAAGAAUCGAGGGUUAUAUUAUUACGGUCACAUACCAAGAGCAACAACCUCUUCUGCAAGUAAACUUGAGUUCCUUUCUUUUUCGUACGAUACAUUACUCCCUCUCUCAUUUUUUCUGCACAAAUUCCAUUUUUAGCUUCUGAAUCUCCAACGAUGGUGCUUGAGGCCACCAUGAUCUGUAUUGACAAUUCGGAAUGGAUGCGUAAUGGAGAUUACGCUCCUUCUCGAUUUCAAGCCCAAGCGGACGCCGUCAAUCUUAUUUGCGGUGCCAAAACCCAGUCUAAUCCAGAAAAUACGGUGGGAGUUCUCACAAUGGCAGGGAAGGGCGUUCGUGUCUUGGUCACCCCUACCAGUGAUUUGGGCAAGAUCUUAGCUUGCAUGCAUGGACUAGAAAUAGGUGGUGAGAUGAACCUAGCUGCGGGCAUUCAGGUGGCACAAUUGGCUCUUAAGCAUAGGCAGAACAAGAAGCAGCAGCAAAGGAUUAUUGUCUUUGCUGGAAGUCCCGUUAAACAUGAGAAGAAAAUGUUGGAGAUGAUUGGUAGAAAAUUGAAAAAGAACAGUGUAGCACUUGACAUUGUCAAUUUUGGCGAAGAAGAUGAAGGAAAGAAUGAGAAGUUAGAAGCACUUCUCUCCGCUGUUAACAAUAAUGAUACCAGUCACAUCGUCCAUGUUCCAUCUGGUCCGAAUGCUCUUUCUGAUGUACUAAUAAGUACUCCUAUUUUUACUGGUGAUGGGGAAGGUGGAAGUGGUUUUGCAGCAGCUGCCGCAGCUGCUGCAGCAGGCGGUGUAUCUGGAUUUGAGUUUGGUGUUGAUCCGAACUUGGACCCUGAACUAGCUCUCGCUUUAAGAGUUUCAAUGGAAGAAGAGAGAGCUAGACAGGAAGCAGCUGCCAAAAAAGCUGCAGAGGAUGCUUCCAAACAGGAGAAAGGUGAUGAGCAGAAGGCUAGUCCACAGGAUACAACUAUGACCGAGGGUGCUAGUGCAGGAGCUUCUGAAGCCAAUAAUAAGAAAACGGAUUUGACGGACGAUGAGAAUGCUCUACUACAGCAGGCUCUUGCAAUGUCAAUGGACGAUCCUGCAAUUAGCCAUGAUGUGAGAGAUACAGAUAUGUCUGAGGCAGCUGCUGAUGAUCCUGAGCUGGCUCUAGCUCUCCAAUUGUCAGUAGAAGAUAGCUCAAAGGACUCGGCAAGCCAGUCUGACGUCAGUAAAUUAUUAGCAGAUCAGUCCUUUGUAUCUUCUAUCCUUGCAUCGCUUCCCGGGGUUGACCCAAAUGACCCAUCGGUCAAAGAUUUACUGGCUUCUAUGCAAAAUCAGUCUGAGCCUCAGCAGAAAAACGAAGACAAGCCACCAAAUGAAGAGGAGAAAAAGUAAUACUGAUCGAGUCUCUUCGCUGUUUUAUUUCUGUUCCUCUGGUGGCUUAUAAUAGCAUGUUGGAAAGUGAUUUUACUUGGGUGUUAUUACCCUGCUGAUUGAAACGGAUGUAUCUCGAUUUAAUACGGAUGAUUGAGUAGAGCAUAUCAGAAGAAAAAAAAAUAUUGUCAAUGAGGGUAUGAAUCGAUCACAUGGUUUUAUUAAGGAAUACUUCAUCAUUUUAAAACAUUGCAGAAUCUAGUA